AUGGGGCAAUCUUCCAAGUCGAAGAAGACGUAUCUCAAAGCAUUACAAAACGUCCAGCUCACUGGACGAUCACCAAGGACGAGCUCAAUGGACGAGCAAACCAUUUCCUUCACUGAUGAAGAUGCUGAGAGAAUCCAUCACCCGCAUGACGACGCGAUCGUCAUUACACUGCUUAUUGCAGAUUAUACAACCAAGAGAGUACUAGUUAACAAUGGAAGCUCGGCAGACACAUUGUAUUACCCCGCCUUCCAACAGAUGAGGCUUGGACGAGAUCAACUUCGUCCAGUCUGCUCGCCACUAAUAGGAUUUGGAGGAAUGAAAGUACAGCCCGUGGGUACCAUUACAUUACCAGUUGUGGUAGGGUCAUACCCACAACAGAUAACCAGGGAAGUCAAUUUCCUCGUGGUAGACUGUGCCUCUUCAUACAAUGCCAUUAUUGGAAGACCCACUCUUAACAGUUGGAAGGCGAUAACCUCUACCUACCAUCUAUCAGUCAAAUUCCCUACGGAGUACAGGAUAGGACAAGCACAAGGAGAUCAGUUGGCAGCUAGAGAAUGUUACUUAGCCAUGAUGGCUUUGGACGAACAGGUGCAGACAAUGAGCAUUGAGGAGAGAAGAGUUGUUGCAGAGCCCACGAAAGUAUUGGAAGAUGUUCUUUUGCAAGAAGAUGAUCCCGAGAAAUUCACCAGAAUUGGAACGGGUAUAAAGAAGAAGGCGAGAAAAGACCUCAUCCAGUUCCUGAGAAAGAGUAUCGACGUUUUUGCAUGGAGUCAUGACGACAUGCCAGGAAUCGACCCGAGUGUAAUCACCCAUCGGUUGAAUGUGUACCCCUUUUUCAAGCCUGUUCAUCAGAAGAAGAGGGUAUUCGCUCCUGAGCGGGAUAAGGUGAUCAAGGAAGAGGUUCAGAAACUGACCACGGCACAGUUCAUUAAAGAAGUCUAUUACCCGGAUUGUUAUCCUCUGUCACGCAUUGAUCAAUUGGUGGAUUCUACUGCUGGACAUCAGUUGCUGAGCUUCAUGGACGCCUUCUCAGGAUAUAAUCAGAUCAAGAUGGAUGAAGCUGAUCAGGAAAAAACUUCCUUCAUUACCAACCAAGGACGGAAUGUGGAGGUUUAUGUCGACGACAUGCUUGUGAAGAGCAUAGACGAGGGAAGCCAUCUAGACGACCUACAGGAAACCUUUGAAACACUUCGGCGAUAUAAGAUGAAGUUGAACCCAAGUAAGUGUGCAUUCGGAGUAUCGUCGGGAAAGUUUCUGGGGUUCAUGGUCUCGCAAAGAGGAAUUGAGGCAAAUCCGGACAAGAUCCAGGCUAUAUUGAACAUGGAGCCACCGAAGAGUAUCAAGGAAGUACAAUCCCUCACAGGACGAGUUGCCGCUUUGAACAGGUUUGUUUCGAAAGCCACAGAUAAGUGUUUACCUUUCUUUAAAGUCCUCAGGAAGGCAUUUGAAUGGACGGACGAAUGCCAAAGGGCCUUCCAAGACCUGAAGGAUUAUCUCACAACUGCCCCAUUAUUAAGUCCAUCCGUGCAAGGAGAAGAACUGUACCUAUACUUAGCGGUGUCCCCACACGCCGUAAGUUCAGCUUUAAUCAGAGAAGAGGGGAAAAUACAAAAACCGGUGUACUACACUAGCCGGGCACUUAGAGGAGCAGAGGGAAGGUAUCCGCUCAUGGAGAAAUUGGCUUUUGCACUGAUAACGGCUUCUAGGAAGUUAAGACAUUACUUCCAAGUUCAUAUCAUCAAUGUCAUAACGGACCACCCGCUUAAGAAGGCUCAAGCCCUAGCAGAUUUCAUCGCAGAGUUCACUCCAAGUUACGAAGACCUGGGGGAAGGAGAGUACAACAAAUGGGUCAUCCAUGUAGAUGGAUCGUCUACAUUAUAUGCUGGAGGAAUAGGAGUUGUUUUGCAGUCGCUAGAAGGGGACAAAUUGAAAUACAAGGCCCGUUUGCAAUACCAGACUACUAACAAUGAAGUGGAGUAUGAAGCCCUUUUAAAGGGGUUGGAACUGGCCAAAUCUGUAGAAGCAGACUCAGAAGCAGACUCAAUACUUGUCCUGGGAGACUCUCAAUUGGUCAUAGGCCAAGUGAAUGGGACAUAUACUCUGGCGAAGGAAGCAUCUGCGAAUGAGGCGUUGGAUGAAAUGGAUGAUGUACACUACAUGCCAAGUAUAGACCUUCCAGAACUGAUGCAAAUAGAGGGAGAAGGAAAUUGGAUGACCCCAAUAGUGUCGUACUUAAAGGACGGAAGGCUUCUGGAAGCUCAGGGUCAAGUCAGCCAGCAACAUUCCCAGACAGCCAGCAGAAUAUCUCACGCCAAUGAUGGCCCCUUAGCCUUUCGCGCAAUGGGGACUAGACAUUUUAGGGCCCUUUCCGACUGGAACUCGGCAAAUGAAGUUUCUGGUGGUGGGAAUAGAUUACUUCACAAAAUGGGUGGAAGCCGAACCCUUAGCCAAAAUUACGCAGCAGAAUGUCAAGAACUUCGUCUGGAAGAAUAUUGUAUGCAGAUUCGGAGUACCUAG